CGGACAUUGCCACUUGACAAAUGAAUGGCCACUCUCUUUCUCUCCACGAUCCAACUUGCAAUAUGAGCUGCGCAGACGACCUCACCACAGAAGACCUCAACGGGAACGUCACUGCUGAAGUCCUCGAACGGACCUCCGCUGGGGAAGGGAGUACCACCAACUUAUGGAGUCAUAUCGAUCGGGACAACGUGACCGGUCUGAACUUGGACGACCCUUUGAGUGCUCCUAAGUUGAUCAAGCCCUGGGACAAUCGUCUGGAUGAAGAACAGAUAGUAGAGUCUGGCGUGGACGACGAACUGAUUAUACACAUACCGUUCACAUCUUCUGUCCGCUUGAGGACUCUUGUUCUCAAACCUCCAGCCGCGGACCACCCUCACCGCCCGACGCGUACCCGCCUGUAUGCCAACCAGAUCCACUGCCCGGACUUUUCAGAUCUAGAGUCUAUGACUCCCAUCAUGGACAUUGAUACAUCACAGCCCGCCGCUGGUGUGAGAAGGCUACCGGAUGGUCGAAGGGACGUGGAAGAGUGGCCCCUGAAAGUGCAAAAGCUGGCCAACGUCCACAGUGUGACAUUACUCUUCGUAAGACCAUCUGCGACCGCUUGGCGCAAGCUGACUCUUAUGUUCAGUCUGAAGCCGCCACUUCGCUACGCUCGUCCAUGUUCUUUGUAGGGUUCAAAGGCGUCGCGCCAAAGCACGAAAUGGACAUUUCGAAGCUGGGACGUGUGCAGAAUGAGAACGCAGCCGACAAAUCAGUUGAUGGAGUGGCGGAGAGGCAGGGGGCGAGUAAUACGACGACUACACGGUAAUAGGGGUGGUGCGAAUGCGUGUAUGAUACUGUAACAUAUGUAGAAUAGUUGUAGAUGCAUGGUGUUCUAGGCGAU